ACUUCGAACACUAAAACAGAAAGCCAAAUCCCACAAGGAAAGGUCAAUGUGCAGCAAUGCUUAUCCGCUCUCUCUCUCUCUAAAACCUUCUCCCUCCCUCUCUCUCUCUCUCUCUAUAUAUAUAUAUAUAUAUAAUACGAGCUUCACCAGUAGUUCGUCCAUGGCGGUGGCUUCCGAAAUUUGAAGUUUGAGCACCGAACUCGGUAUAUUCCUCUUCGGAUACUCGAAGCGGCGUCGUUUCGCCUUUGUGCGGGCCACCUUUACUGCCUUCUUUCUGCAACCUUUCCCUUAUUCGUUGCUUUACGUAAACAUACUUUCUUCGGAUUCGAAAAGCCGAUUUUUGGUUUCUUCGUUGAUUUACCCUUUAAGGCUUCUCUGUGGAUCUUUUGGGGGCUCAUGCAAGAUGAAGACGUUCAAUUCUGUUUGUCUAUCAUCAGACCCAAACAGUAAAUCUCAUAUCUGCACUAUCCUCAUUACUGCUUUGCUGGUUUUUGGUGCGUGCUUCAUUUGGAGUACAUUCUAUACAAAAGAUUACAGGAUAUCACUAGGAGGGGAGAUGAAUCUCCCAGGGCAGAAUACAGAAUCUAAUAAUUGCAAGAACCUAUGCAGACCUGUUGGAAGUGAGGCAUUACCACGAGGAAUUAUUGCCAAAACGUCUAACUUGGAAAUGCGCCCCUUAUAUGGUCCUGUUGCAGAAAAUAUCGAUUCAAAGUCUACAGUAAAUUUAUUGGCCAUUGCUGCGGGAAUAAAGCAGAAAGAAGUAGUAAGCAAAAUUGUUGAGAAGUUUCUCUCUGACAGCUUCGAAGUGAUGAUUUUUCAUUAUGAUGGUGUUGUGGAUGAAUGGCGUAAUUUAGAGUGGAGUAGCCGUGUCAUACAUGUUUCUGCUAUGAAUCAAACAAAAUGGUGGUUUGCCAAGCGCUUUUUACAUCCAGACAUAGUAGCUGCAUAUAAUUAUAUAUUUCUCUGGGACGAGGACCUUGGAGUUGAAAAUUUUCACCCAGCAAGGUAUCUUUCUAUUGUCAAAGAUGAAGGACUUGAAAUAUCGCAGCCAGCACUUGAUCCUGCUAAAUCAGAGGUGCAUCAUCACAUUACUGCACGCCGGAGGAAUUCAAAAGUACACAGAAGGAGCUAUAAGCUAAAAGGCAGUGGAAGGUGUGAUGAUCAGAGCACAGCUCCUCCAUGCAUCGGUUGGGUGGAAAUGAUGGCACCUGUUUUCUCAAGAGAAGCCUGGAGAUGUGCUUGGUAUAUGAUCCAGAAUGACUUGAUCCAUGCAUGGGGACUGGAUAUGCUACUUGGUUACUGUGCAAAGAGUGAUAGAACAAAGAAUGUUGGUGUCGUUGACUCUGAGUAUAUUGUUCAUCUGGGCCUUCCUACACUCGGUGUUUCAGAUGGCGACAAUGAUCCAUCUCGUUUGCAGAGAGUUUAUGAUAGAACUGAAGUGAGGAGACAGUCUUACAAGGAAAUGCAGAUUUUCAGAGAAAGAUGGAGCAAGGCAGUUAAGGAAGACACUCGUUGGAUCGACCCAUAUCGACAGAAAAGACAUUAGCGUACAUAUAGCCAAGCAAAAUGGAAGGAUUGGUGGUACAGAAUGCCAUACACAAAAAUAGGCACAAUUCAUUUACAGAACAUGAACAUUCCAUUUUCUCAAGGGUUUUGAAAUUGCCAGUACAAUCUUUGAAUCUUCUUGACCCACCUGCAAUCAAUCGGGUUUCCGGGUUGCAGGUUCUGUUGUAUAUUCAAUGAUUUUCGGGUCUUUUAAGGACACACUUUUGAUUUUUGUGAUCUUGUUGGGAGAGCUGACUGUUACUUGUGUACAUAUAUAUACAUUUUUGCCAUGUAAUUAUUCACUUUGUUAAUUGGUUCUGUGGUGAUUCUCUCACGUGUUCAGUUGA